AGCAGCGGCAGCGGCAGCUUUCGCAUUCACAGUUAUACGCUGAUCAUGGCUCUGGCUGCGCUGCUGCUGCCAUUGACACACGCCCGCCAUUUGCACGAUCAGCUGGCGCAAGGCUUUGCCUACGACGACGCGGACAGCUCCAGUGGCAGCGCCAGCGCUAGCGGCAGCGCCAGCCUCAGCCUCAACUCCGGCGACAGCGAGAGCGACAGCAGCAGCUCCGAAUCCAGCGACUCGCUGCCUGCCUGGCACGUGAAUCCGUUUCACGGACUGGCGGGUAGCUUCGGCGAUGCCAGCUACGACAGCGACGCCAGCAGCAGCAGCGGAAGCAGCGGCAGCAGCAGCAUCGAGGCUGAAACCGACGGCAGCUACGAGAAGAUUGCACAGGCGGCAGUCUAUGCCACAAUGCGGGAGCUGCGCCGUCAGCGCAUCAGACACCGACGCAGCCAUACGCUGAGGUUCUUCGCCCGAGUGCAGCAGGGCGCGGCGCCCGAGUGGGUGAACCCUUGCGGUGGCGUCUAUCAGCCCGACCAGAGCCAGCCCAGGGCAGUGGAUAUCUCCAGUGCAGCCAAGCGCAAGCAUCUGAUUGCGCUGCGCAACAAUACGCGGAUCGAGUACUGGAACAUCCGGCAAGACGCGAAUCUGGACUACGGCGACAUUCAGGCCUGGCAGCGCGAGUACAAGUUCCUGCCAAACAUGACGCGGCCCACAGAUGUGGCGAAGCUGAAGACCUGGUACCGCCACAUUCAGACAUUCGUGGGCAGCUUCGCGUAUUUGGGCAAGGCGCAGUACAAGUACCACAAGGAUCACCAGCUGCCACUGGGCGAGACCACCGAGGAGCUGCACAAGCUGCUCGUGAGCGCACGCAGCGUGCUCUGCGAGAUUGAGACGACCAUCAACGCCUCCUAUCCGUACAGCAAUGUCGCCAAGCUCAGCCAUAUUAGCAAGGCGGCCAUGCUCGAGCGCCUCAAGUUCUACACGCCCGCCGAUGGCAGCAAGGAGGCCGACACGCGCGAUCUCAAGUUCACCAAGCAGCUCUACUAUCAGUUCCUGGACAAUAUGUGGAAAUCGCUGCGCCUUGCGCUGCGCAAGCAUCACAGGGGCAGCAUGGAGCGCAGACAACACGCCGGCUCCGCCAGUUCCAGUUCCGCUUCUGCCUCUGCCUCCUCCUCUGUCGCCAACUCACGCCAGAUGUUCAGUCUUGAGAGCUCCGAGAGCGCCGGCCUAGCGUCCGUGGUGGCGGCGGCGCCCAAUGACAGCGGCUGCAUCAACUCAGCCGAGUGUUAGGCCGCUGUCACUGCCACUGCCACUGCCUCCGGCCCUGCCCAAAGACGCCUCCUCGAAGUACGAAGCCUCCCAGUAUUAGCGCCCAAUGCUGUGCACAGUUCCUAGCUGCAGUUGCGGUUGCGCGCCUAGCCAAAAAAGAGUCAACAACAAACAGCAAACAACAAACAAAAUCAAAACGAAUCGAAGAAUUUGUCGAAUGCCAUUUUAGAAUUUUAUGAGAAACCCCUCUACCACCAAACCAAACCCCUUCCCACAAACCCACCUCUCUACCAUGCUCUUGUCAUAUGUAUUAAUUAUUUAUUUAUUUAUUUGCCAUUUAUGCAAGAGCUAUUUAGUAUUAUAUCGUAUUAUAAUCAUUACUACUUCCGUUGAGCGGGUAAUUAUGAUCACACACACACACACACAUACGAGCACACACGCACACUCAAGUAUUUAUUUAUUGCUCAAAGUUACACAUGACCAUUCCCAGUUAAUUUCUAAGUCUUAAUUUAAU